CUCUGGGCAGGAGACUGGAGAGCUGCACACUGUGAUGGAGACUCCACUUGAGAAGGCCCUGACCACUAUGGUCACCACAUUCCACAAAUAUUCGGGGAGAGAGGGUAGCAAGCUGACCCUGAGUAAGAAGGAACUAAAGGAGUUGAUCAAGAAGGAGUUGAGUCUUGGGGAGAAGAUGAAAGAGAGCAGCAUUGAUGACCUGAUGAAGAGCCUGGACAAAAACAGUGACCAGGAGAUUGACUUCAAGGAGUACUCGGUGUUCCUGACCACAUUGUGCAUGGCCUACAAUGACUUCUUCCUGGAGGACAACAAAUGACUAGGGGUCCCCUCUGCCCUCACUGUUUGCCAUGGCUGCUGAUCUCUCCAGCUCCUUCGAUAACCCUCUG